CCCAUGCACUUGCCAACAUGUCAAGGUCCUCAACACUAUACACUCCCUCAUCCCGUCUACUUGCGCAUUGUCCGCGUCUUGCUUGGUUGUGAUAGCUUCAUUUGUAUAUCUCACACCUCUGAAGCACUCCCGGGCACGACACGAAUAGGCUGACGAAUACACUUCCAGCAUUGUAGUCUGCAACUAGCAUCAUGGCUUUUACGAGAUCUGUGUGCAUCGUCGGCGCAGGACCUUCCGGCCUGGUAGCAGCGAAGACCUUUUUGCAGUAUGGCAGCUAUGCUGUCACCGUGUACGAGGCCGCAGAUGGCGUUGGAGGCAUGUGGAGAGCGCAGCCUGGCGAGUAUGGCGCUAAGUGCAGUCCGGAGAUGAAGACGAACCUGAGUCGCUACACGGUUGCGUUUCCAGAUCUUUCGUGGUCAUCCGUAGACCUCUCAGAUCCUGUCACCGGAGCGCCUUCCCCAGUGACUCCGCCAAUGUUUCCGAAGGCAUGGCAAGUUGGGCGGUAUCUCGAGAAGUACACCGAGAAAUUCGGUCUGAAGUCCGCAAUCUUUUUCAACCGGAAAGUCAUCAACGCGGACAUUUUUGACGAUAUGAAGACCUGGCAGGUCUCGACCUACGAUUCCGUGACGCAUCAGUCGGAUACACAGACGUUCGACUACCUUGUGAUCGCGAGCGGAUUCUUUGACGUACCAGGCCGCACCUUCAAUCCCUCGCCUGGCGCCAAUCUACACAAUUUCCAACACUCUUCCGUCUUUCGUGACCUUUCUUCACUCGCCCAGAAGCCUGGCAAGAUUGUUGUCAUUGGCGGAGGUAUCAGCGGGUCGGAAGCUGCUGCCCAAGCUGCCUUCCAGAUCUCAAGCGCCAAGAAUUCGCCAGGCAAGAGCAAGCCUGUCCACGCGGAGAGCAAGAUAUAUCACAUUGUGAACCGCCCCUUCUACUGUCUCCCUCGCUAUCUCCCUCAGAACCCCUACAAAGGUUCGACGCAAGACGCCAACCUGGCACCCACUUUCCUCCCUCUUGACCUUGUCCUCUACAACCUCUCGCGCCGUGGAGAAGGCGAGAUAUCUGCUUCUAUUACAACAGUACCGCCUGAAAAAGCAAAGAAGGGACAUGAAUUCAUGCGGUCGGUCAUUGGGGGCGAUCAACAGGAGUACGGAAACGCAGCACUCGUGUACACGCCAGAUCAGAUGCAGUAUCCUGGAUACUGUGGCAUCACUGAUACCUACCUCGAGUUUGUCAGGAGCGGGCUGAUUGUCCCAGUACAAGGCUGGGUCGAGAAGGUCACGCAGGAGGUCGAGGGCGACUGGUUCGACAUUGUGCUGCAACAUAACGAGCCAUGGUCCAAGAAGUCUGGUACGAAGAGCUUAUUCUCUAAUGUUACCGGCAUCAUUGAGGCCACCGGCUACAAGGUCGGCCUCGACUACCUGCACGACACACCGAAAGGCUUCCUUUACCCAGACGCAUCCUGUCCUCGUAUACCUUUCCUCCUCACUCGCGGAUCUGUACUCUCGGACAACCCAACGCUCGGUUUUGUCGGAUUCUACGAGGGACCUUACUGGGGAGUCAUGGAAAUGCAGGCACGCUUCAUUGCUGACACGUGGUUCAAAUCCACUCCAGACCCUACCAACCCUACGAGAGCUGGUCUGAACCAGCUCAACACGACUGAGCGUAUGCGACAUCAGAUUCGGUUCGAGGGGUCCCUGCAAGUACCACAGUUCUGGAUGGCAGACUACGUUGGGCUUGUUGAGGAGUUUGCGCGUGAAGCUGGUGUCAAGCGAGCGGACACAGCAUUCGACGGCCAAAAGGGCCCUGCUUUCCCGUCCCGCUAUCAGGGUGUCGGCACAGAUGAUGAGGCUGAUGUCACUGUUCAAGAGGUUGCCAGCUUGUUGAAGGCUUCAGAGAAAGAUGCCAAGUUCGUCGCAGCGGCAGUCUUUCGGGCCAUGCAGGGUGUCUGGUCUCUACAUCGCAACAUUGCUACCCGGAAUACUAUCCCAGGCGGCGUACUCACAGGCACAGCACGAUUUCACCCACGCACACCUACUGAUCUCACAUACGCUGCUGAAUAUCUGUACAUCGAAGAGGGAACUUUCCAGAUGGAUAACGGCUUCUCCUUCCCUGCGACGCGUCGCUACGUUUACCGAUACAACGAGACAACAGACAAGAUUACAGCGUGGUUCGUUGAUGAAGAUGGAGAGUCAACUGGUGCCUUCUUCAACAAGUGGGAAUUCUACCCUCCUGCAGAUGAGCAUCACGGGUGGAAAGCCAAGGGACAUCAUUGGUGCGAUCCUGAUACAUACAAGAGUGGGUGCGAAUUCAAGUUUUGUGGUGCAAGCUUGCAGACAUUUGGCAUUACGUAUGAGGUUGCGGGACCCAAGAAGGACUACAGUCAUGAGAGCUGGUAUGAAAGGCCGAAGAGCGAGGACACCUCAAUCGACUUGCCUUAGCCCGUUGUUGAUCUUUGUGGUUACAGCGCUGUUCGCAUUGCGUUAUCGU